AUGGCAAACGUACAGUGGGAUGCUAGCAACUUCAGCAUAGGUCGUCACCCGUCCAACUGCCGCAAGGUGUACAUGCUAGACUUCGGUCUGGCGCGCCAGUACACCACCAGCAACGGGCAGGUGCGCCCCCCGCGCGCCGCCGCCGGCUUCAGAGGCACGGUGAGAUACGCGUCGAUAAACGCCCACAAGAACAAGGAGAUGGGCCGGCACGACGAUCUCUGGUCGCUGUUCUACAUGCUGGUGGAGUUCGUCAAUGGACAGCUGCCGUGGCGCAAGAUAAAGGACAAGGAACAGGUGGGUCUGAUGAAGGAAAAGUACGACCACCGGCUUCUGCUCAAGCACUUGCCGUCGGAGCUGCGCCAGUUCCUCGAGCACGUGCAGCAGCUAGAGUACGCCGACACGCCGGACUACGCCAUGCUCGCCGCGCUGCUGGAACGCUGCUGCAAGCGGCGCGGCGUGCGCGACGCCGACCCCUACGACUGGGAGAAGGACGCCGUGUCCGUACCGCGCCCGCGUCCCGCCGUUCAUCCUACUCCAGAGCAAGCGUUACCGACAGACACACAGCCAGAUAAUACCCGUCGUAGAGUAGAGACGGAGGCGACUACAGGUAUAGCGACGGACACGGCCACUCCCCUACAUAAAGACAAGACAGACAGACGGACAACCGCAUCACCCCGACACGCGCCCGCUCAUCUCAACGGAUACUCGACUACAGACAAACCGACCACAGACAAAGAGGUGGAGCCUAGAACGACGCCUGCGCCCUCGCCGGACCGACACGCUAAGGUAACGUAUAACGUAUCCAGUGUAGUGUACGCGCGGUGGCACGGAGAGCAGCAACUCGGCGGUGACGGGCGCGACGGCGGCGCGGCCCGAGCGGCAGAGCGUGCCGCCGUGCAAGCCGCGCGCGCCCGCGCCAGGCGGUGGGCCGACGCUGGCGCGGCUGCGCGUGGUGACGGCGCCGCCCACCUGCGUGCAGGACCUGCAGCCCGCCACGCCCGGUGCGUACGCGUGCACGUACACCAAAGAAAGCACGGCGACCAAAUAUCAAGUCACAAUGAUAAAAAAUUAACCAGUGCGCGCAUGCCCUUACCUUGUAUUAUUGUCUCUUAUACACUUAAUUUGUGUCGUGCAGGUGAAGCGGUCAGUCCGAGGAUAGUAGCGGACGUGGACAGCGUACACUCGGACACACAUUUCAAGAGAGGCAACAGGCGACAGGCGCGGCCGCGUGCCGACCAGAGUUACACGCAGUUCGCAGUGAUGGAUGACGAGAACGUGUCAGCGUUACAACAGGUGACAAAAGGUGGUGCUCUAACGUUAGUAUCUCUAUGGAAAUCACAAUUCGACGACUCCGAGGAGACCACGGACAAUGAAUGGAAACAGGAACAGUUACAGUCUCCGGAGCACAGAUGCGCGCGUACGAGUGCAGUAUCGAGUUGUUCCCACGCCCCGCGUACACAUCACACGCAACCCACACAGAAUACACACCCCACGCAGAAUACACAACCUACACAGAAUACUCAGCCCACACAGAAUACUCAGCUCACGCAGAAUACGCAAGUAACGCAGCCCAUACAGCUGCAGACCAACAACGCUCAAGUAGCGUCCCCCGCGGUGCCCGCUCAACCCGUACAGACGGCAGAGAAGCCGUCGAUAUUCAUGAGCAAACGUCACCAAUGUCUAAACAUACCGGGCAUAGAAGCGUACCCCGCGCUGCAACCGACGCUGCCGCGCUGCUGGACGUUGCCCGCUAUAGGGUCUCACAUCCGUUCGCUGCGGCCGCCGCUGGUGCAGCAGGCGUCGUUCGACGGCGUGGGGGGCGCGGGGGGCGCGGAGGGCGCGGGGCUGCGGUACCGCGUGGACGUGAUGCGCGGCGUGGCCACCGCCGCCGCCACGCCGCCGCCGCAACAGCGCCGCGCGCGCUCGCUGCCCGUGAGUACACGUUUAUACGUGUUCUGGGUGUGCGUGGUGAAGAAAUCCCUUAGUAGGGGAGACCAAGCGGGGAUUUCGGGAUUUACUAAAGCGCGGCAGAUUAAUAUACAGUGGGAUACCUUGUACCCAGUUAAGUACCUGGACCAAAGUUUAUCGUCGUCGUGCAGCAGCCCCAUGCCGCGCGCGCCGCCGCCGGAGCCCGAGGGCGCCACGGUCUCGUCCCGCCUGGAGAUUCGCGUGCGCCCGCCAGACAACGAGCACAGGCACUCUGUUAAGAUACACUCGGUGGUGACCGGCGAGCCCGCGCGACUGGACGACCCCUCCGUCUACUACGACGCCACUGAACACCAGAGGGACAAGAGGUCUUCGACUCGCAGUGGAGAUAAAAGCCAAAGCCCCGCACCUGAACGUACGCGUCUGGACACAAUACCGGACAAAAAUAAUGUUUCAUUGAAAAAGGACUCGAAUAGCGGUUCCGGUGACGGCUCGCAGAGUUUGAAAGACCGGUGGUGGUCCGGCCCGGGGGGCAGCGCCGUGUCCCGCAUCCCCGUGGCGCUGGGCGAGGGCCGCCUCGCCAAGUGCGCCUCCUGGAGCGGGGAGGGGCCGCCGCCCCCGCCCCCGCCCGCGCCCCCCACGCCGCCCCCCGACCCGCAGGACCUCACGCCCGGUAACCGCACGCCCUACACCACCAUAGACUUGGCUGAGGCGUCGCCGGCAGAACGCGUGCGAGAAGUACGCGUCGGACCCCGCGCGGGAGCUGAACCUGCGGUUCGCGCGCCUGCGCCACCGGCGGCCGCCGCACGCGCCGCACGCACCGCACGCAACGCACGCAACCGCCGACGCGCACAACAGCGAGGCGCAGUCGUCGUCGGAGUCGGGCUCCCCCCCGCCGCCGCCCGCGCCCCUCCCGCCCGCGCACAACGCCGCGCGCGCGCGCCGGUUCCGCCCGCUCUCCAUCGCGCCGUAGUAGGAGCUGAUGAUCCACGAUGAUGCUUCGAAAGAGCCCUUCUGACGAGCAGCCUAGUAUAUAUCGGUUAUAUAUUAUUAUGAUAUAGCGCCUUAUAUCUGUACGCCACGUGUAGUCUAUAUAAAAUAUGAUGUGAUGAAAAUACAAGUGUAUUAACAAAUUUUUCAUAACUUAAAGGAGUAAGUCAGUCACAGGACUUACCAGGAAAGCAUAAUUGUCACGCAAAUGCAAUAUUCUUCCUCAAAAUGAUUAUAUUUGAUAAAUUUUGUAUUCUCGAUGGCGAUUUAACUUAUAGAAAAGUUCAUAUUCAGUUAAUUUUUAGUUAUCAAGAAAAUAUAUUAGAAACCCCGUUUAAACUUCUCUGAGAUUAUGCUAACCUGGUACUUGGUAUCACAUUUUGUUUAGAGUGGGUGCAUUUGUGAUCUCAAUUUGUAAUUUGACUUUACACUUCGUAUAAUGUUAG